CUUUCAAGAAAGUAAUGGCAAGUGGAGACCUCCAGUCGUCCACCCACUUCCAAGGCCAUGAAAAACACGUCUGGAUCAAGGUCCAGUGGGCCCAUCUUCAGCCCACAUCACUAUGGACGCAACGAUGUGCUCCCCUGUGAACCCAAUUCCUCAGUGAACUCUUUAUCCAAAUCCCAACACCUCAAACGGAUCUCUCCAUGUACAUCACAUGAUUUUGUGGUCACUUCCCGAACGAUUCAAGCUGCAAACCCCCGCCCCUUAAAAUCAGGUUCCCUGUCCUUUCCAAACCUCUGAAAAUGGAUCUGCCCAAUCGGAGCUGGAGCAUCCAUACCCGGCCCGAAAUCAUCCAGAAGUACGAAAUUCUUGAGCGUGUCGGCGCCGGCGCCUACUCCGACGUGUACAAAGGCCGGCGUCUCUCCGACGACCUAAUCGUCGCUCUCAAGGAGAUCCACGACUACCAGUCGGCGUUCCGCGAAAUCGAGGCGCUUCAGGUGCUUCAGAGCUCCCCGAAUGUUGUCGUUUUGCACGAGUACUUCUGGAGCGAGGACGAGGACGCUGUUCUCGUUCUCGAGUUUUUGAGGACCGACUUGGCUUCCUUGAUCAAAGACGCCAAAAGGAAUUGGGAGGACGGGAUCAGCGGCGGCGAGAUCAAGCGAUGGAUGGUUCAGAUUUUGCAUGCGGUAGACGCGUGUCACCGGAAUUCGAUUGUGCAUCGCGAUUUGAAGCCCUCCAAUUUGUUGAUUUCCGAGACUGGCGUUCUUAAAUUGGCGGAUUUUGGGCAGGCAAGAAUACUUAUAGAACCUGGAUUUGAUAACCCACACCUGCAUGAGCCACAUGAUCCAAAUCAAGUAACUAUUAUUCAACAUGCUGAAGUUAUUCCAGAAGCAGACAAUUCACGCCAGGAAGGUACUGGCAAUCAAGAGAAAGGGACUAUGAGUAAGGAAGAAUAUGCUAGUGACUUAGAGGACCUCAAGGCUAAAAGUUCCAUGGAUGAUAUUGAUAAGGAAACUAAUUUUCAUGAUGGAAAUGCAUCAUGUCUUGCUACCUGCACAACAAGUGACGUAGAGGAGGAUGAUCCUUUCAAGGGUUCAUAUUAUUAUGAGGCAGAGGAGGGUGGAGAUGAUACAUAUGGGAAGCUUACAUCUUGUGUUGGAACUCGAUGGUUCAAGGCCCCUGAACUACUCUAUGGAUCCACCAACUAUGGGCCUGAGAUAGAUCUGUGGUCAUUGGGCUGCAUUUUUGCAGAGCUAUUCAGUUUGGAGCCCCUGUUUCCUGGAACUUCUGAUAUUGAUCAGCUCAGCAGAAUUUUCAGUGUGUUGGGCAAUUUAACUGAGGAAAAUAGCCCAGGUUGUUCAAAAUAUCCUGAUUAUGGAAUAAUUUCAUUUAAUAAAGUAGAAAAUCCAGUUGGUUUGGAAGCCUGCCUGCCCAACCGCUCCCCUGAUGAACUCCUUUUAGUGAAAAAACUUAUUUGUUUCGACCCAGCUAGUAGAGCUACUGCAAUGGAAUUGCUUCAUGAUAAGUAUCUGAAUGAAGAACCUCUACCAGUUCCAGUCUCUGAGCUUCGGGUUCCUUCUACCAACCAUGCUCAAGAUGAAGGUUCUCCUGGUGGGUGGUGUGACUACAAAGACAUGGAUUCAGAUUCGGAUUUUGAGGAGUUUAGCACUUUCAAUGUCACUACCACUAAUGCUGGUUUUUCGAUUCAGUUUCCUUGAGUUCAAAGAUGAUAAAGGUACCAUACUUAUACGUGUUAAAAGUUCAUAUAUCAGUAAUUAAUGGCAUUUUGGAAUUUUUGUGAACUUGCCAUGACAUUUAAUAUUGAGAUGAAGUAAUAUUUUUUUCAUGCGAAA